AUGCCUGAGAUAGGGAGAGCCACAGUGAAUGUUAAAACUAGAUUUACCUCAACUCAUAAAAAAGCAGAGGAUAAUAUUGAAAUUGCAAUAGGGAUUUUUAAAGAUUUCUAGUGGGAGUAGGUUGCUGAUAAUAAGAAAAUAGCAUGCGACGUAAAGGCAAGGGAAGCUUAUUAGACACUCCCUAUAUUGGUUCCAGUAGAUGGCUCAUAUAGCUAAAACUUUCAAAUAAAUAUAACCAAUCAAUUGAUUCCCAGAAUAUUCUACUUUGCAGCCAUGGACUGCAAUCACCUCACACAUUCCAAAUCAAAACACAUGCCGAAAAUAGAGAUGGAGUUUGAGAUAUUUUUGAAUGUAGGUGAUUCCUAUGAUCAUUUUUCUUAUGAAGAAGAAGGUACUUUACAGCUUCAUCUAGUUUUGCUAGUUCUUUUCGCAUUGAUAUUCGGUCUUACUGUAUACAGCUACUAUUAGUACCAAAAGUAAUUUGAAAGAUAUGACUCACCACACUUUAUUAUGGCUUUAGCCUUAUUCUUCUAGAUGAGUGGAAUAUUUAUGCAAACUCUACAUCUUUGGAUGUACUCUCAUAAUGGCAGAGGCAUACCUAUAUUUGAUAUAUUUGGCUUAAUUGGGUGUAUGAUGUCAGAGAUAAGCGUGUCUUGUCUUUUUAUGAUGAUCGCUCAUGGUUGGACUUUGAUCUAUCAAGACUUAGAUUUCGAUAAUAACUUAGAGAUAUACUUGCCUGUUGGAUCAAUUGUGGUAGCAGUUCAUUUAGUGCUUGCUGCAAUGACCUACGUCGAUCUGGAUGCUCAUCAUAAAUAUCAUGACUUUGCUGGAGUUUAAGGCUGGGUUCUUAUCUUAUUUAAGGUUGGUUUAUUCGCUUACUAUAUCUAUUGCGUUUGUCAGAAUAUUGAAAAGAUCCCCAAGAAGUCCACCCGAUUCCAUAGAGUUUUCACAUUACUUGGCUGCGUUUACAUGCUAAAUGUACCCUUAACAAUUAUAGCUUGUUAUUUCUUCCAGCCCUAUAACAGACAAUUUUUAUACACAAUGAGUACAAAUGUAGUUUAAGCUAUAACUCUAGGAAGUAUGCUAUAGUAGCAAAGUUCUAAUAAAUCUGGUUACAAAAAAGCCAGCAUGGAAUCUGACGGUAUUUUACCUAUGAAUAAGUUUGAAUGA